CGAUAUCCUGAAAAACGAAUUUUUCAAGCAAAUUUCAUGUCACAAAAAGUGGAGAUCGUUAUUCUCUAUCAUUUCGUUCUUCUUCAACUCUGCAUUCGGAUAGACAAAUCCCGUGUUCUCCGCCGAGUGCACCAUGCACCUGUUAACGGAACUUCGAGGCGGAUUCAAAUCGUGAUCACCGAAUCGAAACAAAGGAUCAUUAAUGUCCAAAACAAGUACGAAAUUACGAUGAAGUAUUCAAGGUCGCCAUAAAGAAGAAUGAAUCAUUGUUCAAGAUCCUGUACACAAUGAAACAUAACAGCGAUGACGGUUGAAUGGUUUACUCAUGGACUGUAAAACAGUAAUUUUGUGAAGUCUUAAAAUCUUUUUAGGUCACGCGAUAUUUUGUCUUUCUGUGUGAAACCUUCAAUAACUAGGAAAGUUUCGAUUUAACCAGUGUAGAAACAGUGCAUAACUUAUUUAGAAUUUUGUAAAUAGAUCGUUCUAUCUAUAUCAACGGCGCCGAAACUUUUCCUGCUGGAUCGUUUGUUGACGCUAAGCUGCUUCCUAGUUCUAGAUCUUGGGACUUUCCGAUUAUGCCACCAAGCUGUAAUUAUCAGUAGUCGUACUUUACUGACCGACCGGCGUUACUGACCAGUUAAGGACAGCGCCAUUAAUUGUGAUUGGUAAGCCUUCGUGCUCUGAUCGUACGUGCGAGCCUACCACUGAUGAUGUAUAGGAUAUUGAUCGAUUGUCACGCGUACGUGUACUUAUUUGAAAAUCAAUUCAACGAAACCAUUAGCUAAGGUAUACCUUUCCUGGGCGGAAUAAGAGUGGAAGAAGUUGGCAAAGCUUCAACCCACGCAUAUUGUCUACAGUUCCGUUAGUAAUUUUCGAUCUAUCGAGCAGAACGGAACUGAUCUAAAGAACGUAAAGUCAUAAUACGGAUUAGUCUGCUCUGUAACUCCGUGGAAGUUUGUUUGUCGGUUGUGAAAAUGAAGUGCGUGCUAGUUUUCCCUUCAAUAUACUUAACUGCACUGCUUUUGUCCAGUGUUCAAAGUAGUCCUGUGAGAUUUACGGAUCUUGAUGAUGAUGAUGAUGGUGAUUUGGAUGAAGCUAUUGUGCGAGGAGCUGUCCACAUUGGGCGUGAGAUAGGCGGACUAUUUUUCGGUCGUCCAUCCCGGCGGAAUCCCACGAAAACGACGACUCCAACCAAGCAUCCUGAAAAUACUAAUACAGUAUUUUUCCCAUCUGAUAAUGUGGGCUUAUCGGCAUCGGCAGCCGGCGCUGGAGCCCAGACAGUUCAACAGAAUGGCCAAUCGGGAAGCGGCGCGGCGGCAAAUGCCCAAUCUGUCACAGUGGUUGGCGGCCAGUCCGGUUUCGGAGGGUCCGCGGCGGGAGCAAAUGCAAAUUCAUUGACGACGACACAUGGCGGCGGUCAUAAUGGAUUUUAUGGAGGCGCGUCAGGAGCUGCUGCCAAUUCGCAAAGUUUCAAUGGAGGAUUCCCAGGGGCCAGUGUUUCGUCUUCCGGUGCUAACUCUAAUGCUGUGAAUAGUGUCAACGGCAAUGGGGGAGGCUCAGCUUCGGCAGCCAAUGUUCAAUCAGCUAGUUUCAAUUCUAGAUACCCGGGCUUUAGUUUCACCGGAUCAAGCUCCAGUGCCAACUCGGCGAGCCACGGGUUUGGAUCAUCGAUUGGGUCUGGCGCAGGUGCGGGAGCUGGAAACAGCAACGGAAGCUUGGGAGGAUCUGCAGCUGCUGCCAAUGCUCAGACGGCCACCGUAAAUUCUGGUGGGGGUUUUGGAGCCUCGGCCUCCAAUGCCAAUGCCAAUUCCAUUAACCAACAAAUCGGUGGAUUCGGUUCGUCAAGCUCCAAUGCAAAUGCGAAUAGUUUUACCCAUGGAUUCGGAUCGAAUGGUUUCAGCGCCAGUGCAGCCAACGCUCAAUCUAAUGCGUUUCAAAGUAGUGGACCACUGGGUUCCUUCGGGGCAUCAAAUUCCGCUUCACAGACGCAAGGCUUUACGGUAGGAGCUGGGGGUAUAUCUGGAUCAGCGGCUCUUUCCGGAAGUCAGACGUACAGGGUCCCCUACCACAAAGACAUAACGCUUGCCUAUUCAACUGGAUUUUCUACAGCAGCUAGAGAAAAUGGGGAUCAUACAUUUGUAAACGGAAAUUCAUUCACGAUCAAUUGAGUGCAAGAUUUGUCGAUUAUUUAUUGAAUGAUUGUUGCAGGCUGUGGCGUUUGUAAAUGAUUAAAGUGUUUGUGAAAAUACA